AUGUUUAAGGGACUAAGGACGAAAAAGGAGAGGUUCGACUUUAGGUUCCGGUUCCACGCGACGCGGGUACCGGCGUCUGGCUUCGACAACCUCGUGGUGUUCGUCGUUCCCGCGGAUUCCGGCAAGCCCGAGGGGCAAACCCCCAAGGCAACGGUCAAGAAUGGCUCGUGCGCGUGGAGCGGGUCGGUCACCAUCACCACGAAGCUCACUCGCCACGCCAAGGCCAAGGCUUACGAGCCCAGGCCGUACCGCUUCGUCGUCUCGUCCAACUCGUUGCGAUCGGGCGUGCUGGGUGAGGCGACGCUGAAUCUAGCGGAAUUCGGGGGAUUCGGAGGGCUGGAUCAGCGAACGCUUCCCUUGAAGAACUGCAACGCUGGAACCAUCCUUCAUGCCACAGUUCAAUGCACGGCGCUCGACCCAAGGGACGACGACGAGAGCGAACACGAAGAGGUGGCCCCGAGGAGGGCGGCACCGGGGGCCGCUAGUGGCCGCCACGGCGCCGCUGCGGGAAAGGCGGAAGCCAUUACUGCUGCGGCUGCUGCCGCCGCCGCCGCCGCUGCUGCGGGUGGCGGCAAGGGACGGGCGGGAGAUGCGCAGGCCGCAAAGCAGCAGGGCGAGGGGGUGAAGCAGGCGCAGCGGCAGGAGGCGCAGAGACAGGAGGCGCAGCGGCAGGAGGCGCAGCGGCAGGAGGCGCAGCGGCAGGAGGCGCGGAGGCAGGAGGCGGAAGCAGCCAGUCAGCCCGUUGUUCGUCCCACCCCAGACGUCCCUCCUGCACCCUCCCAGUCCCCUCUCCCCCUUCCCCUCCACCCCUCUCCACCCCUCUCCACCCUUUGCUCUCUCCCACUCGCCAUUCCUGCGACUGCUGCUAUUGUCCCCGCGCCACCGCCCUCCAUGCGCACUUCCCAAACUGCAACUGCUGGCGCUGCUUCAGGCGCGACUGCGGGAGCAGGAGCAGGAGCAGGAGCAGGAGCAGGAGCAGGAGCAGGAGCAGGAGCAGGAGCAGGAGCAGGAGCAGGAGCAGGAGCAGGAGCAGGAGCAGGAGCAGGAGCAGGAGCAGGAGCAGGUGCAGGUGCAGGUGCAGGUGCAGGUGGGAGCAGCAAUGCAAGUGGGCGCGGGGGGCGCGGCGACAGUAAGCCGUCUGCUGCCUCCCCGCGGGUGACGGGCAAGGAAGGGGGUGGCGGGGGCGGUGGGAUGUUCUUUUGGCGUUCCAGCAGCAGCAAGGACAAGGAUAAGGACAGGGAGAAGGGCAAGGAGAAGGAUAAGGGGAGUCUCAUUCCCGCGUCGCCGCGAUUCCGGUCCAAGAAAGAGCCCUCGUCGCCCGUGGUGCGCUCGCGUGACACGUCGCCCAGUAGGGACGCGACACGUGGGAAAGGGAAGGAGAAGGAAAAAGCGGCGGAGAAGGGCGAGAAGGGGGCGCGGGAGAGAGCGGAGGAGAGGCAGGAGGGUGAGGGGCGAGGUGGGGAGAAGGAGAGGGAGGAGGAGGACUGGAUGGGAGGCGAGGGGGAGAGGCGGCAAGGGAGGAAGAAAGAGUCGGGAAUCGACCAGGACUUGGAAUGGCUGCGGCAGCAGGAGAUGCAGAAACAGCAAGAGGAGAAUCAGAGGCAGCAGGAGGAGUUGCGGAAGCAGCAGGAGGAGAUGGCAGAGAGGAAGCGAGAGGAGGAGGAGGAUGCGGGAGGGAGGGAGGGGGGUGCGGAGUGGGGUGGGCAGCAAAGCGAGGAGGAGGAGGAGUUGCGUCGGCAGGAGGAGGCGCUGGAGGAGGAGGCGAGGAGGGUGAGGAUGGAGCGGGAGAAGCAGCGGCAGAGGAAGGAGGAGAUGCGGCGGCAGCAGCAGCAGCAAGGCGGCGGGAUGGGGGGAGCAUCGGCGGACGUCACGCCCGCUCACAGCCCCGCGCUGCAAGGCAGGGCGGGUGGCUGGGAUACGUGGGGAAGUGGCGCAGGGGACGGGCGCGGGGACGGUAGGGCGGGCGGGGGAGAGCGGGAGCCAGCGCGGUCGCCAGGGAUCCCCCCGCUUGCGGGCGCCGCGCCUGUUGGGGCGGUGUCUCCGGGGAAGCUGCUGGGCGGGUGGAGCAAGCGCGCCAGCAGCAAAGACGCGCAGGAACAGGGCGCGGGGGGGGCUGAUGCUUCCGCCGCUGGGGGCGCGGGCGCGGGGAGUGGCGCGCAAGGGGCGGCGCAUCGCCUUCCCCCGGCAGCAGCGCCUGCGAUGCUGCCCCCCGCUCCCGGCGCAACUACCGCCUCCCCCAGGGGUGCCCGGACCCCCUCGCCAGCUGGCACGCCUACUCACCGGCCAGCGAGGCAGUACGAUGACGUGGCAGGGGCGGAGGGCGGCGGGAUGGGCGGGGGCGGGGAGAGCUCCCCGUACAAGUAUGGUUCCCCCAGUGAGCGGAUGGGCGGGGUGGGCAGAGACAGCCCUGGCAAUUACCGCAGCCCUGACCCUUCCCCAGGGAUGAUGGGUGCGGGGUACCCGUUCGGGGAGGGCGGAGGGGGAGGCGGAGAGGAGCGCAGCAGCUAUGGCGGUGGCAGCAGCACCGGCGGUUACCCCUUUCAACCGGGAGCCGCCCCUGAGUCGCUCGCGCUGCCCGAUGCUGCCAGUCCGGACGAGUCUCCCCGCUCUGGGGGAUAUUCCGGCAGCAGAGGCGCGCGGAGGGGGUACUUCGGCGCAGCAGAUGCUGGCGAGCGGGGCGGAGCGGGCGGGGGGCAGGGCGCGGAGAUGCACGUGCACAGGGACGGCGCGGGGGAGCUGGCGGCGGCGGAGGCGGCGAUAGAGGAGCUGCAGCGCGACUGCGUCAAGUACCAGACCACCAGCCGCAACCUCUCCCGCGAGGUCGAGAGUUUAAGGGGGCAGCUCGCGGAGGCUUUCGUGCAGGACCAGCGCGCGGACAUGGCGAUCGGGCAGCUGAAAGACGAGCGCGAUAGGCUGCAGGAGGAGGUUAAUAUGUUGAGGGCAGGGUUGGGGGGAAGGGGGGGUGGUGGCGGGGGGUUGUCCGGGGGUGCGGGGGAGGAGGAGGGGAUGGAUACGAACUCGUAUGUGGCGGACGGGACGGAGAGUGAGUGGAGCGUGGGGGGCGGCGGGGGCGGGGGCGCGGAGGGGAUGAGGCGCGUGGCGGGGCUGCUGGAGGAGGCGGAGUUCCUGCGCGGGACGGUGGGCGCGCUGUCCGCGCAGGUGGAGAUGCUGCAGCGGGAGAACGAGGCGCUGAUGGCGCAGGCGGAGCAGGCGGAGGCGGAGGCGGGGAAGUACCGGCGGGACGCGGAGGAGCUGUUUGAGGCGCGCCAGGAGACGGAGGCCGCGCUCAAGCGCGCGCAGAAGCAGGCGGACGAGCGCGAGACGGAGUGGCAGGAGCGCGUGCGCGCCAUGGCGGAGGCGCAGGCGGCGCUGGAGGAGCAGCUGGCGGAGCUGCAGGGCGCGGGGGCAUGGGGCGGGGGAGCGGGAGGGGGAGGGUCUGCCAGGCCGAGUCCCCUGGGCCCGAGGGGGAAGGGAGAGGGGAACGAAGGGGUGGAAGACGGUCUAAUGCUCUCAGAAACGGUGGGGAUGAGCGGAAGCAGCAGGAAGAGCCGGGGGGGAUCAGGCGGGGACGGCGAGGCGGGCGGAGAGGGCGAGCGGGGGGGCGGGGGAGCGGGGGACGUGAGCGUGGUGGCGCAGCUGAGGCGGAAGGUGGAGGAGCUAGAGCGGGAGGCGCAGGAGUUGACAGCAGAGAGCCUGGAGCUGGCAGCCGGGCUGAACGUGGCGAAUAAGGAGGGCGAGGUGAAAGACGCUCUGAUAGAGCAGCUUCAGCACGAGUUGAUCGCCGCAGGGAAGAAGGACUCCAUUGCUACAGCCGCUGCUGCGUCCGGGUUCGCCGCGUUUUUUGCCAAGGGGAAACCCGAGGGGAAGAGCAUGGAGAGUUUGAUUAAUUCCGGGCCGGCGGCGAAUGAGAGGGAUGUUGGGAAGCUGCAUGGAAGGAUCGUUGAGCUGCUUCAAGCGCUGAAGGAGCAGAGCAGGGAGGCGGAGGAGGCGCGGGAGGAGGCGGUGCAGCUAAGGAGUAAGAUGCGCGUUAGUGAGAUGGCUACUGCGAGGGCUAUGGAUAGGCUGAGUAUUCUGGAGGAGUAUGAGCGACGGGCGAAGCAGAUGGAGGGGGAGUUGGAGGAGACGCGGAAGACGCUGGCGGCGCAGAGAAGGUUGAGGGAGGAGCAGGAGAGAAGGCAUGUGGGGGAGGUGGAGCAGCUGAGGGAAGGGAAGCGGGAUGCGGAGAACCGCGUGACGAGGUACGGAGAGGAGGUUCGGCGGCUGGAGCGGCAGGGAGAGGCGGCGGUGACACAGGUGGAGCAGGUUGGGGAGACGCUUCGGGAGUUUUUUACCACCUGGGGGGAGGAGAAGGGGACGGGGGACGAGGGGGAGACGCUGGGGGAGCAGGCAGAGGGGAAGGAUGUGGCGGGGAAGGUGGGGGUGCUGGUGGGGGCGGCGGCGCAGUGGCAGCAGCGCGUGGGGGAGCUUGAGCGGGAGAGAGAGGCGCUAGAGGAGCAGGUGAAGGAGAGCGAGGCCCGCGUGCACGAGGUAGAGUCUACCUCCGGGGCGUGGCGGUCGGAUAGAGGAGCGCUAGAGAAGCAGGUGAGGCGGUUAGAUGAGCAGAGGCGGUUGGCUGAGUCGAGGGUUCAGGAGCUGGAGUUGCAGCUAUCGGCCAUGCAGGAGAUGCUGGAGGAGGCGAAGGCAGAGGCGGGGGCGGCCGCUGCUGGGGGGGGGUUGGGUGGGGUAACGCUUGCUGACGUGGAGGCGCUGCAGGCGGCGAAUCAGAAGGCGAGGAGGCGGAUUCAUGAGCUGGAGGGGCAGGUGAGGGGGCUGGAGGAGCGCGUGAGGGAGAAGGAGGCGCAGUUAGAGGUGGCGCUGGCCGCGGUUGCUGCUGCGACGGAUUCAGCUGCUGCAGCGGCGGCUGCGGAAGCAGUGGGGAGGGCAGGGGCGGGUGGGGGAGCAGGAGCGGGAGCAGCAGGGGCUGGCGCGGGGAGGGCGGAGAGGGAGUUGGAAGACGCGCGGAGGAGGGUGGAGGGGUUGGAGGAAGAGAUUAAACGCAUGUCUGGGGAGCUGGCGCUGGCAGGUGUGAGCCGGCGUGAGCUGGAGAUGAAGGUGCUGCGGCUGGAAGGGGCGUGUGGCAAGCUGGAGAGCGAGCUUCAGGAGGCGAAUGUGGGGCGGCGCCGCGCGGAGGAGAGGCAGGCGGACGCGGAGGCGCAGCUGGCAGUGGCGGUGGACAGGGCGGAGACGCAGAGGGGGCUGGUGGGGGAGCUGGAGGAGAAGGUGAGUAAGGGCGCCGCGAGGGAGGAGGCGUUAGAGCAGUAUGUGGCUGUGGUUGAGGGGAAGGUGAAGGAGGGGGAGCGGGAGAGGGAGCGGUUGGAGGGGAAGGUGAGGGAGGAGGAGGAGAGGAGGCGAGAGGUGGAGGGAAGGGUUGGGGAGAGUGAGGCGGCGGUAGGGAGGGCGAGAGAGGAGGCGGAGAGGGAGGUUGGGGAGGCGAGAAGAUUGGUAGAGGAGAUGGAGGCACGGUUGGAGGUGGGGGAGGCGGAGAGAGAGAGUGCGGUGGCGAGGGCUGUGAGGGCGGAGGAGGGGCAGAGGCGGGAGAAGGCUGAGAGGGAAGCGGCUGUGGAACGGUUGACCAAUGAGGUGGCGCUGCUGACUCAGCAGCUCUCGGCGUUAUCUGAGGGGGGGAGUGCGGGCGAGGGCGGCGACAGGCUGUCUGCGGUUGAGGCCGCGGAGCUCCGGGCGGCGAAGGGCGAGCUAGAGGACAAGCUGCGCCGUGCGGAAGGGGAUUUGAGGGAGGCGGUGAGGGAGAAGGUGAAGCUGGAGGGGGAAGUGCGGGCGGCGAAAGAAUCAGCGGCAGAAUCAAAGGUCAGGGAGGGGACUCUCUUGGGGGAGGUGGAGGAGCUCAAGAAAGAAGUGGCGGCGGCAGCAGAGGCAGCGGCUGAAUUGACUCGCGUAAGGGAGCAGCACGAGCAGGUAGCAGCACAGCUAGCCAAAGCGGAAGCUUCGGUGAAGGAGCUACAGGUGGCGAGGGAGGAGCUGGAGCAGGAGCGCAAGGGGCUGGUGCAGCAGAGCGUGGUGCUGCAGGGCAAGGUGAAAGAGCUUGAGAGAGUCAAGGGGGAAUUGGCCCAGGCCAGGACUGAGCGACAGGUGCUGGAGGAGAGAAGGCUAGCGCUGGCGAUGAAGCUGGCAAGGAUAGAGGAGAGUAUGGAGGAGCUGGAGGAUUUGAGGGCACGGAGUGCGUCUGUGGAGGGGGAAAUGGGGCACCUGGCGAAGCAGGCGGAGCAGGUGCCGGGGCUGCUGGAGGAGCGGGAGAAGCUGCAGGGGAGGGUAAGGGAGCUAGAGGGUCGGGCGACGGAGCUGGAGGCUCGCGUGGGUGAGAUGGAGGCAGCUGCUGCUGCGGCGGCGGCUGUGGCGGUGGCGGUGGGUGGGGGUGAGAGUGAGGGGGAUGGUGAUGCAGCGGCGGCGGCUGCGACAGCAGCUGCGGCAGAAGCGACAGUUGCGGCAGAGGCAGCUGCGGCAGCAGCAGCAGCGAAAGCAGAGGCGCUAGUGGAGGAGGUGCGGCAGCUGAAGCAGCAAAACGCGGAGCUCAAGCGAGCACUCACCGAGGGUAGCAGCAGUGGUGCUGGUGGCGCUGGUGGGAUGGAGCCUUCCCCCCAGGGCAAGGGUAGCAGGCCUCUGGGCGCAGGGGCGGGGGGCAUGGGGGGGAUGGGCGGAGGGGGAGCAGCAGGGGGUGCGUUCGCCCGCGGGCGGAUGGGGGGGAUCAUGGCGUCGCGGGGGGGAGGCGGCGAGGCGGCGCUGGAGAAGCAGGUAGAGGAGCUGAGGAGACGCACGGUGGCAUUAGAGGGCGAGGUGGGGCGCAAGGCAGAGGCGCUCGCUGCUGCUGAGAGGCGGCUGCUGGAGCUGGAAGGGAGCGGGGGGAGUGGUGUUGGGGGAGCAGAGGCGCGCGGGGGGGACAUGGAUGCCGCAGCAGAGGAGCGCAUCAAGACUCUUGAGGCGCAGGUGGAGGUGUUGCAGCAGCAGGUGGAGCAGCAGAGGGCGGUGGCAGAGGCGAGGGAGUGCAGCAUGGGGGAGUACGUGGCGCUGCUCACCGCCACCAACGACUCUCUGGCUGCCGGCACUGACACUGCCACCAUGCAGCUCAACCAGGCGCUGCUGAAGGUGCAGCAGCAGGUGGGCGAGGUGAGGGAGAGGGAGGCGGAGCUGAGGGCAGCAGCGGCGGUGCACGACGCCACCAUCCUGGAGCUAAAGGAGGAGGUGGCGAGGCUGCAGAAGAAGCUGUCGCAGCGCAUGCGGGGGGGAGGCAGCGUGGCGGGGGGCAGUGGCAUGGUGGAGCGCAUGGCGCUGCUGGAGGCAGAGCUGGCAGAGGCCAUGGAGAGCAACCACAAGUACAAGGAGCAGCUCAAGAGGGCCUUGGGUGGGACGGGGAAUGGAGUCGGUACUCAGCCCCCUGAAGCUGCUGCUGCUGCACCUAUUCCAGCCAGCCCCACCAAGCCAGCCGCAGUUACCGCCCUGGGAAAUGAUGCAGAAAGGUCACCUCAGAUGAAGGGGAGGGCAGUCAGCACCAGCCCCAUGAGCGGUGCUGGCAGUCCCAUGAUGGGAGGAGGUAGAAGACUCGGCACUGCCUCCCCUGCGGCUAAGCCAAGCCCAUUUGGGCGGAGGUAA